AUGCAAAGUAUGGCAGGAAAAAUUGCAGCCAUAGCCAAUACCAAUUAUAGUGUGGUUAUUUAUAAUGGUCAAUUAUAUGCUAUUAUUCUUGCUACAACAACAAUGAACUGGAUCAAUCAACUCGAGUGGUUUGGUACUGAUGAGCUGAGACAAUUCGAACGAAUCGUGUGGAAAGUAGAUGUUAGGGUUAGUGAAAUUGUCGGAUAUGUAAAGAAAGCAAAUAAUGACCAAGUUUUUCUUGCUGUGGUACACAAUGCAGGUCAUAUGGGACCCUACGAUCAACCAAGAGCCAUGCUUAAUUUAUUUCACCGAUUUAUUGCGAGCCAUAAGAAAUAA